UUUUGCUUCAGAAUGGGAUCCCUUGGCCGAACCAACAUUUCGACGCUUCGUGUCGACACGGCUCAGCUUGCCGAGUCAUUGCACGAAAGCUGCCAAUAUGGCGCCGCUCAUCGAUAUGGCAAGCUUCCCACCGAAACGGGCAUGGCUAGGCUGAGUCUCGACGACUCGGACAAGGAGGUGCGCGACUGGUUCAUGAGAACAGCCGCGACGUUGGGCUGCAAGACCUUUUUCGAUCAAAUGGGCAACCUGUUCGCCAUUCGAGCGGGCAAGAAGGAAAACGUGCCCCCAAUCAUGAUGGGCUCGCACCUGGACACGCAACCCACGGGCGGGCGCUACGAUGGCAUUCUCGGCGUUCUCGCCGGGCUGCAGGUCCUCAAAGUUCUCAACGAGAACAAUGUCGAGACUGAGGGGCCAGUUGGCGUCGUCAAUUGGACCAAUGAAGAGGGCGCGCGGUUCCCCAAAAUGGCCGUGGCGUCGGGUGUUUGGGCUGGCGCGGUGCCAAUCGAGACUGCUUGGGAUCUUCGAGAGGUGACACCUCAUGAGGGCAAGGCCAAGUCGAUGAAGGAAGAGCUGGAGAGGUUAGGCUACAAGGGCGAGCGCCCGGCCUCGUUCGACGACAACCCGUUUGCCGCCCACUUUGAACUUCACAUUGAGCAGGGUCCCAUCCUCGAAGACGAAGAGCUCAAGAUUGGUGUUGUUGAAGGCGUGCAAGCCUUCAAGUGGUUCGACAUCAAGGUCCGAGGAAGGGACAGCCACGCGGGCACCACGCCGCUGUACGCGCGCAAAGACACGGUGCUCUCCGCCGCGAGGAUGCUGGUCGCGGCCAACACCAUCGCGAAGAAGCACAACGGGCUGAGCACGACGGGCAUCUUCAAGACGGACCCGGGGACCGUCAACACCAUGGCCCACACGACCAACUUCACGCUGGACCUGCGCCACGUGCGCGACGACGUCCUCGACGCCAUGGUCAAGGAGUGCGAGGCCGAGUUCGGCCGCAUCGCGCACGAGGACAGCGAGCAGGGCUGCGAGGUGGAGUGGUCGCUGCUCGUCGACAGUCCCGCCGUGCGGUUCAACGACGAGUGCAUCGCGGCGGUGGAGCAGAGCGCCAGCGACGUGUGCUCGACGCUGCUGCCCGGCGCAUCGUCGUCGUCGUUGUCGUCGAAGAAGAAGCUGUGGAGGCCCAUGAUCAGCGGCGCGGGGCACGACAGCUGCUACACGAACCUGCGCUGUCCCACGAGCAUGAUCUUCACGCCGACGCGGCAGGGCAUCAGCCACAACCCGACCGAGUACUGCUCCGCAGAAGACUGUGCACUCGGCGCCAGCGUGCUGCUCGGGGCAGUGUUGCGCUAUGACAAGCUCCGACUUGAUCGGGGCGACUUUGAAUAA